GCAUUCAAUUCUCAGUUCGCAAUACUCAGAAACAGUUCCGAGGCAACGCGUGCCGAACGCGUAUUGUUUUUCAAAUUUGUUUUCUAUUAUUUAAUGGUUGUCAUAUUCGUUGUUUCUAUAUCUCUAUAUAGACGAGAUUAAACGAUCGAAGAAUCUUAUCAGUCUGUUAUCGCAGCACGGACUUUGUAUAUAAGAUAGCCAGUGCCGGCUAGUAUCACAAUCAGUUGCCACUUGGUCUUCAAAGCAAACGGAGCUAGUCAUGACACCCAACCGAAGCACAUGGUUCGGCUGCAGUUUGGGCGGCCUUCUGGUCGCCUUCCUGGCCCUCCAGUCGAUGCCCCAGGGCAGUGACGGAGCCAACAUCCUGGGCGUCUUUACCAGUCACAGUCCCUCCCACCUGAUAGUGCACAUGUCUGUGAUGAAGGCGCUGGCCGAGAAGGGGCACAACAUAACCGUCGUGUCCAGCCUGCCGCCCAAAGUGACCCACAAGAGCAUCAAGCACAUCGUAGUGCCCCUCGACCCUCAGAGCGAAAAGAUCCUGAACGAAGGAAUGGCUGAUAUGGCCAAACAGAAGCCAUCAAUCUGGAACACCUUUUCGAACAUAUUCAACUCUCUGAGUCUGCUCAUCGAUAAGCAGGUAGAUGUCCUGGAGGAUCCCCGUUUCCAGGAGCUCUACCUGAACAAAGGCAACAAGUUCGACGUGGUGUUUGUCGGCUUCUUCUUCAACUCGUACCAGGUGGCCCUGGGAGCCCGAUUCAACUGCCCGGUGAUUAUUUCCUGGUCCGGUCCACCCAUGCUCAUGGUCAACUCGUUCCUGGGCAACCCCGAGCUGUCCAGCGUUCCACAAAUGUCCAUUUCUCUGGCCCCGGGAGCAACCAUGAAUUUCCAGCAACGCCUCAAGAACUUCGUGAGCACUAUUGGCUUCAACGGACUGGGUUUGGUCUUGGACCACAAGUACAAGAAAUUCUACAAACGUCUUUGGGGCAAUGACAAGACUAUGCCCAGUUUCGAAGAAGCCCAAAAGAACGUCUCCCUGGCCUUCUGCAAUGGCCACGGAAUCAGUGAGGGUCCCAUCCGUCCCAAUGUGCCGGGAAUAAUCGAAGUCGGCGGCAUCCAAGUGAAGAGCAAGCCCGAUCCCCUGCCCGAGGACAUCAAGGAGUUUCUGGACAAGGCCAAGAAUGGAGCCAUCCUCUUCAGUUUGGGAUCGAACUUGAAGGGCGAUUUCAUCAAGCCCGAAGUGGUGAAGACCAUUUUCAAGGGACUGAGCAAAUUAAAGCAGCAGGUGAUCUGGAAGUGGGACGACCUGGACAAUGUGCCCGGAAAAUCAGCAAACAUUCUGUACAAGAAGUGGCUGCCCCAGGACGACAUCCUGGCCCAUCCCAAACUCAAGCUUUUCAUCACCCACGCCGGCAAAGGAGGCGUCUCCGAAGCCCAGUACCAUGGAGUGCCUAUGCUCGCUCUUCCUGUUUUCGCCGAUCAGCCCGCAAAUGCGGAUAAGGUGGAGGAAAGUGGAUACGGUUUGAAAUUGGAAUUGAACACUCUGGAGGUGGAGGAGUUCAAGGCGACCAUUAAGGAGCUCAUCGAAAAUCCCAAGUACGCCCAGAAACUAAAGGCCUUCUCCCAGCUCUACCGCGAUCGUCCUAUGACUGCCCAGGAGUCGGUGGUCUACUGGACGGAGUACGUCAUUCGUCACCAUGGAGCUCCUCACAUGCAGAGUCCUUUGGUGAAAAUGACUUUCAUUUCCAGCAAUAAUCUGGACAUCUAUGUCCUGACAGGACUGAUACUUUACAUUAUCUUUGUGGUAAGCAAGCUGUUUUGGAAGUUUGUGUGGCGGAAGUUGUUUGGAAAAUCGAACAAAACUACUCAGAAGAAGAAGGUGAAGAAGCAGUAGACGAUAUGGUUAAUUUAUGCGAAUUGUACUUUUAAAUUAUACAACAAAAAAAAUAAAAAAAAAUAUAAUAAAAGCUAAAAAAUGCA